AAAAGACAAUAGAGGACACAGGAUAUCAGACUUUAAAGCUUGCGUCGAAUUUGCCGUCGAUUUUUGCGAGUAUCGUGACACUUUAUCAUUUCAUUCAUGUAAAUGAAGGUCUGCACAUCAUAACAAAAGACAGCAAAAUGUUGAGAACAAGGGUGUUUCUUCAGAGAGCAUACCAAGGUGUGCGGUGUCUGUCAUUCAAAGCUCAGAAUGAACCAAUCAAGCAAUACGCCAAAGAUUCACCAGAGAGAAAGCUAACAGAAGAGGCACUGAAUAGGCUGGGCAGUACAGUUCUUGAUGUGCCUUGUGUUAUUGGUGGGGAACAUAUCUUCACCGAUGAUGUCCGGACUGAAGUUGCUCCGUUUGACCACAGCCAUAAAUUGGCCUCAGUGCAUUAUGGAAACAAGGAGUUGAUCAACAAAGCCAUCAAUGCAGCAUUAUCUGUCAGGUCCGACUGGGAAGCAAAGCCUCUUGAGGACAGAGUUCAGAUCUUCCUGAAGGCUGCUGAUCUGAUCUCCAAUAAAUACCGAGCGGAUCUUGUGGCUGCUGUCAUGCUGGGACAGGCCAAGACAGCUUUCCAAGCUGAGUUGGAUGUCGUCUGUGAGCUGGCUGAUUUCUAUCGCUUCCAUGGCCAGUACGCUCUAGAUCUGGCCAACGUUCAACCUAUCAGUACAGAUGAGAGUAGUAACACAAUGCUGUAUCGUGGUCUGGAGGGAUUCGUGGCUGCAAUCUCACCAUUCAACUUUACAGCUAUCGGAGGGAACUUGGCUGGCACUCCAGCUAUGAUGGGUAAUACAGUGGUUUGGAAGCCCAGUCCUGCCUGUUGUUUUUCCAGCUACAAAGUCUUUGAGAUCCUGAGAGAAGCCGGGGUACCAGACGGAGUGAUUAACUUCAUCCCUGCUCCAGCGACAGUGUUUGGUGACACCGUUACUGCAUCACAUGACCUGGCAGCUGUAGCCUUCGUCGGCAGUACAAAGACUUUCCAGCGUUUGUGGAAGCAAGUUGGUCAGAACCUUGACAACUACAAAACCUUUCCAAGACUCAUCGGAGAAUGUGGCGGGAAGAACUACCAUUUAAUCCACCCCUCAGCGGACAUUGACACCGUCGUCAACUGCACCGUCCGUUCUGCCUUUGAGUUUAGCGGUCAGAAAUGUUCAGCAUGUUCCAGGAUGUAUGUUCCUGAGACUCUCUGGCCAAAGAUCAAAGAAGGAAUGAUGGAGAUUCAUAAACAGAUUAAAGUUGGUGCUCCUGAUGACUACUCCACGUUCUUCUCUGCGGUCAUUGAUGCUGCGUCAUUCGAUAAGAUCAAGGGAUAUCUAGACUACGCCAAGACGUCGCCCAGUAUCACAACCUUGGCUGGUGGAAACUGCGACAAAAGCAAAGGCUACUUCAUAGAGCCCACUAUCUACGAAACCAACGAUCCUAGCGAGAAGUUAAUGAGAGAAGAAAUCUUUGGUCCGGUCGUCACGGUCUAUGUCUACCCUGAUGACAUGUUUAGUGAGACGGUGGAAAUGAUCAAUAAGACCUCCCCGUACGGAUUGACAGGUGCUAUCUUUGCCAGAGACAGCGAAGUGGCGGAAGAAACGGCCAAUCUGCUCCGAGACUCUGCUGGUAAUUUCUACAUCAAUGACAAGUCUACUGGAUCCGUGGUGGGACAACAGCCGUUUGGUGGAGGAAGAUUGUCAGGAACCAAUGACAAGGCUGGCGGUUCUCUCUACAUCCAACGCUGGGUAUCACCGCAAUCAGUCAAACAAACACACCAACCAAUCACCGACUGGAGGUAUCCUAGCAUGGAGGUCUAAACAUUGUCAUAGCAACCCAACAUGAUUAUCACCAUGGUUACGGUAGGAACAAAGAAAACGUCUAAUCAUCUUUAGAUUCAUCAUUUGGGUGAUUGUUUAGACUCUUUCUGGUGCAAAAAUUACUCAAAUGGACGAUUAUAUUUUAUUUUAUUUUAAAAGAAAAUGUGUGCCUUUUUACUUGAGGGGAGUGAACAAAAUCAGAA